GAGACAGGGUCUCCUAGUAAAUAUCCCUUCUCUUUGUCAAAGAAUAUGGGUAAAUCGCAAAAGAAACGUUCCCAGAGACGGUAUAAUCCCGUGAGGGUCCUCGACUCUUAUAUUCCCAAGGGUCUCGCAUCUGCAGCCUCAUCCUCCUCCAAAAAUGAAGCCAUCCUGCCAAUCAUUCAAAAGAUGCAAAGUGCAGAUGGCGCUGAACGAAAAUGGGCGUGUGUAGCUGUCUCCAACCUUAUACAAAAUGAUGCAUCCACCAGAAGGCUGUUGCAAGGGAAGGAUAUUGUGGGUUAUCUCAUCACACGCUUAUCAGACAGCGAAGAAGAGGUGUGGAUUGAAGCAGCUGGAGCACUCCGAAAUCUAUGCAUCGAUGGCGGGCAUGAAAUUUGUGCAGAAAUGUUCAAUAAAAAUAUACUUGCUCCCCUUAAAACAUUCGUACCAAAGAUGUCUACCAUCUUGUCACAAUUCUUAGGAUCUCCUAAGACUGCCCCCGAAAUGUUUCAAAAAGUAGUGUAUGAAUUUGCCGAAAACGUUAUCACUAUUUUUUGGUGUCUUUCAGAGACCUCAAAUAAAGCUCUAAGUGCUAUCAAUCAGAUGAACUUGACAGCAUUUCUUAUGUCCUUCCUCGCAUCACGUGACCAGUUACCGAUCGCCACGGCCACCGCUGCAGCUCAGUGCCUCUACGUAUUAACCGAUGACAAUCAGCCGACAAUAGACGAAAUACGUUCCAACGUAGCUUACAGCUCUUGUCUUCUAGAUAUUGCCCGUAGCGGAGGUACUACCAAUGGUAAAGGGGAGAAUAGUGCGGAGGGACCAUCUGUCAUGUUCAAAAUUUUAGUCGCCGGCAUUUUGCGUAAUAUAUCGCCGCUGCCACCGCCGAGUACUACUUCUGCAGCGGAUAUUGACAAAACUAUUGUUCUGCCUCUCUUGGAACCUGUACUUUCUUCCGUGAAUCUAUUAGAGGCCAUUAGUUUUGCUCAAGAUGCUGUAACGCGAGAGUCUUCCGAACCUCAAAUAGGAAAUCUGUCUUCGAAGCACAUGCCGAAAUCGGACCACAAGACGCCGGAUCAAUUUGAGCUAGACAGACUAGAAAAUAAGCUCAGGAUUGUACUGCUUACCCUUGAGGUUCUCACUGGGACCUGUGCUAUGUUGCCGGAUCCUGUGAAUCUGCUUGUUGACGGGAAUAAUGAGAUUAUUGAUGACGACAGCCAAGAUGAGACAAUGGAUGACGGUCCUGAUGUUCAGAUUGCGGACGUUCCUGCACCUCAGUCGUCCUUCCAUCCAAAUUUCUUACCCUCACUAGUUCCACCUCUCUUGGCUUUGAUUCACCCCACACCUCUCUCUUUCCCUCCCAGCGGCGGCCUUUCUGUGCAUCCGCCGAUGACAUUCGCUCUUGGUUCCAUUCACAUCUGUGCGCUCGAAUGCUUGAACAACGUCUUCCUUUCUCUUGGGGCUACCCCCAAUCCAACACUCGUAGCAGACAAGGAGAGCGGGCGUAAAGUAUGGGAAGAUAUAUGGAUCACUCUGAGAGCGGUCGGUACAGACAUUGGACCUGGUCAGGAAACAAAGCAAGAUAUGUGGGACAUAGCUGUGGGUGUACUGUGGGGUGUCGGAAAUAUCUGGAAGGGUUCUCUGGUGCCUUGUGAGGACCAAGUGAAGGUUUUAACCCAACUUUGUGAUACCAGUGAAGAUCCAAAAAUACGAGUCAAAUGUAUUGGAACUCUGGAGUGCCUGGCGCAAUACCCUGACACCCUUGACGCUAACCGCAGCAUUGCGGAGUAUCUUUUAUCGAUUAUAUCUACACCAGCUACACCCUUCCCCGCAGGGACCGAACCUCUCAUACAGGCGCUAUCUGCUAUCGUGGACAUCUACUCAGACGAAUCCAUGCCCUACGAUGUCAACUUCCGCCAGGGACAAUAUGCCGACCGCUUAGUAGCUAGCCUUGACAGUGUGAUCAAAGUUGUGAGGGGAGUAGAUAAACAAAAAGACAGUGACCUGAGAUUGAGAGGGGAGGAAGUAAGGGACAACUUGAUUGCAUUUAUAGACUACAGGAGAAAGCUCAGUCUCUGAAUACAUUUACCGUCUAUACUCUGUACUAUCGCUGGACAGCAGUUGCAAUUUAUGGCGCUCCAAGUGCACUUUUAACCUGG